CGAUGGAACUUCAAAUAAUGCAUUUCCAAAGAAACCUUAUCAGCUUAGCAAGUUAUUUUCCCCACCCAAAUUCCAUACAUUACAUUCCAAAUCAUGCUUCCAAUUAUUGUACCUCCUAUUUUAAGGUCAAUUAUGACAUCAAUGUACAACUACAAAUCCUGUGUUUCAUAUAAUUUCACUGAAAUCAUCAUAGAAUAUAACAGCCUAUCAUAAAAAAAAAACAACUAAAUAAGGGCCCCCUUCUCCCCAUUGCCUUCUGUUUCUUUCUUUCUUUCUUUCUCUUCAUCUAUCUGAUUUGCCAUUAAGAAAGAAACCAUCAGAUUCCCAAUUACCCAAUUCCCAUUUGAAAUUUCAAUUCUAAUUAGCCAUAGCAUUUCCCCCCUUCAAAGCCAUGAAUUUACCUCAACCUUAAAAAGCCAAAAAAAAAAAAAAAAACCAGACUCAGAAGCUAAAAGAAAGGGGAAAAGCUUCAUCUUUAUUUCCUUUCUCUGCAAACCAAUCAACAAAUUCCCAGGAAAAUCAAAACCCAGGAUUCAUUUUUCAACAAAAAGCAUAGAAAAGAUUUUUUUUUUUUUUUGUAAAACAAAGAAAUUGAAGGGAAAUGCCGACCGUAGCUGUAAAAUUAUACAGUGUAUUCUUCAAGUUCCUCUCGAAGCAUCGUUUGCAGAACCGGAUCCAAACCCCUCUUGACGAAUCCUCUAAUCCAUACGGUGUCACUACCCGACCCGAAGAAUCCAUUUCCGCCUCCAACCCUUCUUUCACUGACGGUGUCGCCACUAAAGACAUCCAUAUCGACCCUUUCACUGCCCUUUCUAUUCGGAUCUUCCUCCCAGAAUCGUCUCUUUCUCCUCCCGAACAACCCGACCCGAAAACCAAGCCCAAAUCACCCCAACAAGAUUACCCCAAUUCCCUUCAUCACCGGAGGAAUAGUGAUGCCCCGCCUAAUGUCGGAGUCCCGAGAAAUGAUCCGAGAAGAACUAGCUUUGAAGGGUUAAAUUUAAGAUCCGACAAUAAUGUUUAUCGAGGUUACUCACCAUUACCUCAAAAUUGUCGAAAAUUACCUAUAAUGUUGCAGUUUCACGGCGGCGGUUGGGUGAGUGGGAGCAAUGAAUCGGUUGCUAACGAUUUUUUUUGUCGGAGGAUAGCGAAAUUGUGUGAUGUUAUAGUUGUGGCGGUUGGUUAUAGGUUGGCACCGGAGAAUAAGUAUCCGGCGGCGUUUGAGGAUGGAUUGAAGGUUUUGAAUUGGUUAGGGAAGCAAGCGAAUUUAGCGGAGUGUAGUAAGUCUAUGGGGAGUGGGGCGCGUGGGGUUGGAGCAGAGUUUACGAAGGCUGAAGUUCAGAGACAUAUUGUGGCUGCGUUCGGGGCUUCGAUUGUUGAGCCGUGGUUGGCAGCUCAUGCAGAUCCGUCAAGAUGUGUUCUACUCGGGGUGAGUUGUGGAGCAAACAUUGCAGAUUAUGUGGCUUGCAAAGCUGUUGAGGCAGGCAGGCUUCUGGACCCUGUCAAGGUUGUAGCACAGGUCCUAAUGUACCCAUUCUUCCUUGGAAAUGUUCCCACACAGUCUGAAAUAAAGUUGGCAAACUCCUACUUCUAUGACAAGGCAAUGUGCAUGCUUGCAUGGAAACUCUUUCUUCCCGAGGAAGAGUUCAGCCUGGACCAUCCAGCUGCCAAUCCACUCAUCCCAGGCAGGGGUCCACCACUGAAGCUCAUGCCCCCAACACUGACAGUUGUAGCAGAACAUGACUGGAUGAGAGACCGGGCUAUUGCAUACUCAGAGGCACUUCGGAAGGUAAAUGUCGAUGCACCUGUUCUUGAGUAUAAGGAUGCAGUUCAUGAAUUUGCAACCCUUGACAUGCUUCUAAAGACCCCUCAGGCUCAGGCCUGCGCCGAGGACAUUGCCAUCUGGGUUAAGAAAUAUAUCUCAUUUCGAGGUCAUGAGUUCUCGUAUUAAGUGGGAGGUUUCAAAGGUAGAAAAAGGUUUACGGCAGAGUAUCAUGCACCGGUGAAAAAGAGAAUGAUGCAUGGUUGCUGUACACAGGGUUGGGAUAACGUAUUGCAUUUGUUCUUUUGCUAAUCCAUCAUCUGGCUUGUAACUCAGUUUCUGAGUUUAUCCCACGUCCUGUUCUGUUCUUUUUGUAAGAUAGAGAACUUUUCUACUAGCAUAUCAGUGAGCAUUGGGUUGAGAUGAGAUUACUUCUGUUUGAGUGCUGCACACCACAUUGGGAUGUUGUCAGUAACAUUUUUUCCCUGUGAAUUAAAAUGUACUAUUCCUCGUUUACCGUACAGCAAUGGAAACUUACCUUGCAACCAUCAAACUUGUGGCAUAUAGAUUUUCUCUUCAGCUUACAUUUGUUUACCGUGAAAUACUUUUGUCUGAUCUGAGGAGAGAAACUGGAAAAA